AUGAUCAAGUGCAAUCAGUUCGACUCGACUCAAUGUGUGUUCCGAUUGGUGUUCAACACAGCUUUUAUCUCUGGCGGCAUUGGCGAAAAUGGCUAUACAACAUUGGUCUUCACAAAAGGUUUGAUCGACGGUGCCAAUCAUGGUGCACUAGAUGACAAUCGCUUCACUGGUGAGUUCCAACUCCGUUUGAAUCUGGAACAACUGUCAAACGGCAUGGCGCCACCACCCAUUCCCGAUCGAAGCAAGAAGCCCAUACUUCUCGCAUCCUCAGCACCUGCCCUGGCACAUGGCGCGCCAGCCAUCACAGCCAGUCCAUUCUUCAGGCCAGCGUCCUCACUCAAUUGA